UCAACUUAUACAUAAAUAGCACACAACACACUCAGCUUCUGAAACUCCCUGCACCGAUUCACUAGAUAUCACUAUCCCAAGUCUCUUCCAAAACAAAAAAACAAUGGCAAUCUUUCAGAACCAUUCUCUCCUCCUCCCUCUCCUUCUCCUUGUUCCUUUCAUGGUCUCAUCCCAAACCUGCCGCCGAACCUGCGGCAAACUCCCUCUGAAGUUCCCCUUCGGCGGCGGCCCCGGUUGCGGUGACCCCCGCUUCCAACAAUACGUGACGUGCAACACCAUAGACGAUCAUGGCCAAGAGCAACUCACCUUGACAACUCACACCGGUUCUUACCAAGUCACAGCCAUAGACUACGUCAACGAAGUCCUCUACAUCUCAGACCCUUCCAUGUCCACAUGCUCGUGCAUCAACACUCAACCCUCCAAAGGCUUUGGCCUCGAUUCGGAUGCCCCUUUCUCUUUCCACGACGAUACAGUCUUCGCUUUACUUGACUGUUCUCUUUCCUCGUCACCAAUUUACCACUCUGAUGGAGCCAACGGCUCUGAUCAUUACGGAGUCCCACUAUGUGAUAAUCAUGGAACAGUCCCCAUAUGCAGCUUCUUGUACUCUUGUAGAGCUAUUAGUACUAUCAACCUCCCUAUCUCCACGUGUUGUGUUUAUACGCCGGUUGAUCUCGGACCGGCGUAUGACAUGGAUUUGGAGAAGCUGAAGUGCACUUCUUACUCUGGCUUUUACAGCUUUAACGGAAGACAAUCUGACCCGGAUAGUUGGAAGUAUGGGAUGGCUUUGAAAUAUAAGUUUAGUGUUUAUAAUGAGUAUCCUAGAACUUGUGCCGAGUGUGAAAAGAGUUACGGAGUGUGUGGCCACACUGGACCUUAUAACUCAUUCAUAUGUAACUGUGCUUCAGGGAUUAAUUCUACUUCUGAUUGUUAUUUUGGACAGAACUAUAACUUUGGUUCAAGACUUCUCCCAUGGAAGACAGUACUGUUGGUGUGGCUAUUAGUUUGGGUCUUGUAGACUUGAAACUAAGUUUUUCGACCUUUUUUUGGGCUGAUUCUAAAUAUUAUUGUGGAGCGAAAGCAAUGUUUGGUUAAUUAUUAAUAAGGGAGGAAGAAAGGGUAAUUAUCAUUUUGCAUUCUUGGGGGCAAAGCUCAAACGUCAGCAUGAUAUUGUCAGCUCAUUUUAUCUUUAAAUUAUGUUGAAGUUUCAAAUGUACCAAUUAUGAUUAUGAAGCAAAAUUUAAAA